AUGCUUGAUGGUCAUUUUUAUAGAAAAGAGCUAAACCCAAAAUUGAUCGGUGGAAUUCGACGACGGACCAAAAUCACACACCAUCUGGAGACCAUGGCGGUUGAUAGUAUGCCUCCGAUCAUCUACGCACAACUCAAUUACCUCCUCACUCAUUCUCCUCACUCCAUCAAGGUUGAGCAAAUGUGGUCUGGUUCCAAAAAUCCUGGUUUCCUUGAUCGAUUUACCUUGGCAAUCCCUUUUUGUCUCGAUUACAUCAAAUGGGAUGUUAUCUACAAUGCACAAUUCCCAUUGUUGGCACCAGAUAUCAUUUUUGGACCUGAAGAUGAAAGCUUCAGACCAUACCACGCUGGUGGAGAAGGAGACCUGAAACCCAAGAACAGUUUAUCUGAUUGGAAUUGCAAAGAUCCAACUAAGCUAUUGUCUCUGAUUCAUGAACUUAGAAAUUUAUACAUGGCAUACCAGAAAAAACGUGUUGGAAAUGUUGAUGAUGAAAGACUAAAGUUUGAAAUCAACACUAUUUAUUCUCAAGAGGGAAUCGAAAUGUAUAUGAGCUCUGGUUUUGACAAGCCAGAAGAGGUAAAAUUUGCAGUGCCUUUGUUGGAGAUGGAUUUGAACAAAAUGGUUGCAGGGUCCACCUGGCGUCAUCAACAGAAGAUAUACUUACAGGUUAUAUAUCCUGUGGGUAGAAAGUAUUCAGCAAUGAGUUCAGCUCCACGUUUAAAAUUAGUAUCUACCCCUGAGUUGAAGACUUUAUUCUCCAUUGAUGACUUCAGACUUCCUCCUUGGUUGGAAGGAAUGUGCAUGGCUGAAUAUCUUCCAAAUUUAGAGGAGAUUCUUCAAUCACAGAUAAGAGAUGCUAUUUCAUUAAUUGAAGUUAGAAGAAAGUUCAUCACAGCAUUAGCUAUUCCUUUUGGAAGGCCACUAGAAGCUGAUCCAGUAUUUUGCAGGAAGGCAACAUUUCUAGCUUGCUCUGGCGCAUUCACAUUUCUGGUGCACUUUUCACUUCCACUUCAGUUCCCUAGGCAACAACCUGCUCUCAUUCUUCAAAGUUCUCAGCAUUUUCACUCUCCACCUGGUAAUGCACCCAUAAAGUCAGCUACUUUACAAGAUUAUCCAUGGAGUCCGAGGUGGGAUGUGGCAGAAAUGACAGAGAGAAUCUUUGAGUAUCUUAUGGAAGAAUGUUUAAAUUUCAAGAAGUAUUGCAAUGAAGUACUCCUUCAGCAGCGUUAGUGAUAUUUAUUAUUUACUUCAAUUUCUUGUAUUAUUCGUGUAAUGUAAUAUGAGUUUUUAAAAAUUGUCCUUUUAUUUCCAGAUUUAAUUCGUGAUGAUAUGUUUGUAAUGUUGAAUUAAGUAGUUAAAGACUUUAACAUAAU